GUUGUUCUUUAUUUUAGUUUACAAUGAACGUGUGCGAAGCUUUAUUAUACAUGGUGAUUGUAAUGAUAUGUACGCAAGGAAUGGAGGUUGUUUGUUACGGAAAAUCCGUUAGAUAUUCGUUUCUGCCAAGUGUUGAGUACCACCUAAUAGUAUCCAGGUUGGUCAAUUUUUAUAAAAGACUUGAGGCACUAGAGUCAAGAAUGAAGAAAAGUAUUGCGUUUGAGUCAUGCAAGGAGAUUCUAUCGAAGCGAUCGGGCAAAUACCUAAUAAAGCCUAACAAAAACGACGAACCUUUCCUGGGAUAUUGCGAACAGACUGCUUUCGGAGGAGGUUGGUUAGUGUUCCAGUAUCGUUACGACGGAUCGGUUGACUUUUACCGCAACUGGACCGAGUAUCGGAACGGGUUCGGCAGCAUGGAUGGAGAGUUUUGGCUCGGCCUGGAGCAGUUACACCGUUUGACGUCAGCUCGAAAGCACGAGCUGUUGGUAGAGCUAAAAGACUUCGAUGGAAACUACAAAUACGCACGGUAUGAUGAGUUCGCGAUUGGAAGUGAGGCUGAACAUUAUCCGUUGGUGAAGCUGGGAUCGUACACGGGAACAUCCGAAGACGCUUUUACUUUCCACAAGGACGAUACGUUCUCCACGAAGGAUCGGGACAAUGAUAGCUGGUUCGGUGGAAACUGUGCAACCAUUUGGAAGGGAGCAUGGUGGUACAACAAAUGCGGUCAUUCUAACCUUAACGGAGUUUAUGUCAACAGUUAUAAGAAAGAAUCAAUGCAUUGGUCCCUAAAACAUUUUACAGGAAUGGCGUACACAAGAAUGAUGAUACGCGAAACUUAGCGGCCGGAACAAUGUA